AUGGCUCCUCCCCCCGUCUCCACUCAAUCCCUCGCACGAGUUCAACUCGCCCUCGACAAAGCAUGGGCGCCCUCCACGUGCGAGAAGUACAAUGCCAGCGUCAAUGCCUUCCAUUCCUUCUGCGACUCCGAAACAAUCCCACUGCCUGCGCGCUUGCCAGCGUCGGAGUACAUCCUUUGCGCCUUUGCGGCCUCUCGCAUUGGCGGCAUUGCGGGCUCCACUGUACGCGGCCACAUAUCCGCCCUCAAAGCAUGGCACCUUUACUGCGACGUGCCCUGGGCGGGGGGCGCGCGCCUCAACCUGGUGCUCAACGGGGUCGAAAAUAUGACGCCCACGUCCUCACGUCGCGCUCUGCGACCGCCGGUUACCAGGCGUGGCUGUCAAAGUAUUGCAAUAGUCCUCCGCUGA